AUGAGAGCACUCAACCCGCGACGCCCACAGCUAACGAGUACCUUCUGUCUCGUCCCUCGUUUCUUCCUUUGCCUGCUGUUUCUGCUGUUCGUUCUUCACGCUGGCCACGCGCGUAGUAUACUUCAUCAUGAGGAGAUCACGUUUCCGACGGAGCUGAAGGGACAGGUGAAGGGAGGGCUUGGUAACGUCGACGAGAAGAUCGGUCUGAAAGGGGUGGUCGAAGGAAGGAGCGACAGCAAGGGAGAAGAGAUUUCCGAAGAGGAGGUGAAGAAUAUCGACGUGGUGGAGGCUGUCGGGGUGAGCGAGGAGGGCAGCGAGGAAGCUAGUGUAGCGAAGAAACGAAGGAGGAACGACGUGGCUCUGGUACCAACAGGCUUACCAAAGCCCGAGGUUCCAGUGGAGGACGUCGACGAGACGAAGGACGAGGGGAUAAGAAGGUUCGACGUUCGAGUGGACGUUAGUGAUUCGGCUGCUGAAAAGGGAGAAUCCAAGGGAGCAGUUGACGAUAAGAAAUCGGAGGUGUUCGACGCCGAGGAGAGUCAUGUGGCCGAUGAAUCUCACCCCGAUUAUUUCCGAAAAUCGGGAAAGAUCGAAGACGAGGAGAAGAACGAAGAAGAGAUCGUGUCGAACGAGAAUUCCGAGACCGAGAAGAAAUACGUCCCGGACAGGGAGUACAGAUCGUUCGCCGAGGCUGAAGUUAAACCUAGACGGAAAAGCUCCACUGUCUACUUGAGCGCGGAAGAGAAGAAGAUUUCCGAUGGGGAACAGCAAUCGAUCGUCGACGGGCAGAUCAAGAAGUUGAUAUCGAUUCGAGACGCCGCUCUGGACGCCCAGGAGAUGGGCAAGAUGGACGAGGCGAAGGUUCUCAGCGCGGAACGGGAGGUUGCUAUGGACGAGGUCGCGUUCACGCAGCAGGAGGUCCAGAACGAGCGUAAGAACAAGGUAAAAAGCAUUGAUCUAGCGAACGGUAAUGUUCUUAGAAAGUGGAGGGAUCAGGCUGUUUCUUUGCAAGAGAAAAUUAGAGAUAGAAAGUUCCCGUUAAAUUUUCAACCGCUGCAAGAUAUCCCAAAAUUUACGGACAACCAGUUGCUGGUCACGUUGAUUAGGAUCGUUCGGGAAAAGAAGCUGGACCCUCUGAAAACUUCUUACGCGGAUAAUUUGAAAGAUCUCGGCUUGACCGCGAUUCAGCUGAGGAUAGUUCAAUGUGCCGAGCAAUUGUUACCCGUUCGACAAAGGCAGACCUUUGCCGCGAAUCUCGCAGAGUGCAUCAAAGGGCUGAAUAUCGCGAAUUGCAUAUGGAUCUUCGUUUGGCCUGUCAUAUUGAACAAUAUUCCCGAGAGUAUCAGCCAGAAUUUCGACAAUUUACCAAUCGAGAUAAACCUGUUUAACUUGUUUCAGGGCAACAGGCAAAAAUCGGGUAGAUCUCAGAAUCUUCAUCAAGUCAGGCUUCUCACCCCGAACUCCGUGGUCUACAACAUACUUCAGGACGCUCUAGAAGCGUAUCCGAACGACGAUACGUUGAUCUCUUACAUCGACCCGAAGAACGAGACUCUGCAGAAUCUUCUCAGUUCAGAUCAGAUGAAUAUCCUUCAAAUGGGCGAGAAAUUUCUCCCUCAACCUCUGCGCAGAGAUUACUCCGACCAGAUGUUCUCCUGCGUCAGAAGAUUCGAAUACUUCAGCUGUGUGAAAUACUUCGCCUGGCCUCUGAUCAAACAGUAUUUCCCAACGUUGCCUGCGUUCCCAGACUAUCAGAGCUGGUACCCGAUCAUCGACCUAUCACCUCAGUACCCCAUCUUUCCUUUCCCCAGCUUCUCGGAAGACAUUGGCGAGCUGCCAGAGGUGGUGGACGCCGACGCGACGAGAUCGAGGAAGCCUAGACCAGAGGCGGUCAUUAUACAGGUUCUUCGGAACACUUUGAAGGAGCAUCCACGGGUAUCCGCCACGCCGUCUUAUUUCGAUCAAUCGAUAGACACUUACGUCACUCUGAUUCCCGAGGAUCAACUGUUGUCCCUGAACAUGGCCGAGCAGUUGAUCCCGAUAUCCUUUCGACUAGAAUUCGCUCAGAACAUUGUCAGGUGUAUGAAAGAGUACAAUUAUCUGACUUGCUUCAAGUAUUCAGCUUGGCCGAGUGUUAGGCGUUUCGUACCCACUCUUCCAGACAUCUCCAGUCUGUUGCCGGAUUUUCAAACUUCGCCGCUGCCCGACUUUAACACCUACAUCCCGCAAUUUCCAGAGUACACGGACCUGGGCUAUUACUGGCCCGUAAUCGGCGGCCCUUCUGUUCAGAAAGAGCCGAAUAUACCCGAGUAUUAUGCGGUCGGGUUAAAGAGCGCGGAAAAUUUGUUGCAGACUUCCGACGAACUGGAAGUGAAAAUCCUGGAGUGUUUGCAGAAGUUCGAAAAUAACAAGAUCGUCGCGCCUAUCGCAUUCGUAGGGCCGGCAGUUUUCACGCUUACCAACAGGCAGGUUGAUAUUCUACGAUUAGCCGAACGUAUUAUACCUAUGCAUGCUCAAGAAGGCUUCAUCAACGAAAGUUUCGCCUACUUUAACAAGCACGAUAAUUUCAUCGACUACGCCAGAUACGUAAUAUGGCCGACUGUCGCCAAAUACGAGCCGAAUUUUCCCGAAUUUCCUCAAUUAAUAGCAACGAGCGGUAAAUUCGACCUACCGGAGUCCGAGACGAAGGAAAGUACGACGAAUCCUGCGGAGACGGUUCAGGAACGAGUAAUUCCGGACCUCGAGAAGGAGAAGAAGGGUAGCACACCCUAUCAGGACGAAGAAUCGAGGAAUAGAGUACCAAAUGGACCAGUGAUCAGCGUAACAGGCACCAGAUUCGUUCCGAUAUUCACCGAGCAACCGGAAACUGUAAUUCUCAACAUUCUACGAGCGUUACAGCUACAGUCGUUCAAGACCAACCUGGCGAGCUCCUCUUCUAUCACCAGGAACCAGCAGUUCCUCGACUUACUGACCGAGCAACAGGCGAGUAUUGUAAGAAUCGUGGACGCUCUGCUUCCCGAGAGAAUACGUCCGGAUUUCGCCAACAAAAUGCUCGAGUGUCUUCGUACGAACAAUUUUCUGAUAUGCACCAGAGACAUAGCUUGGCCAUCGCUGCAAAGUAUCUUCUCCUGGUUGCCUAAUUUCCCUAACUUUGGAUCGAUCGUCAAUCCAAUCGGUGGUGGAUCACCUUCGUCUCCUGUCAAACAGAAUCUAACGGAACAGAGUUCCAGUUCCAAUACUCCUCCACUUUCCGAGACCAACGUGAAGACUGGACAACACGGAGACACCACGGUGACCAUAACCGACACCAGAUUCUUCCCAAUUUUCAACGAUCUACCCGAGACGAUUCUUCUCAAUAUUCUCAAGGCUGUACAGCUCUCUCUCCCGAAUUCACACGGUUCUCCAGUUCCAGCGAGAACCCAAGACCUCUCUUCCUAUCUGAGCGAACAGCAGAUCAACAUCAUUCACAUUGCCGAGAAUCUGUUGCCUGUUCCGUUCAGAGCAGACUACAUCGGCAAAAUCGUUCCGUGUACCAAGGAGAGGAAUUUCUUGGAAUGCACCAGAGACAUCACCUGGCCGAUUGUUGGCCAAUCUUAUCCUUGGCUGCCUAGUUUUCCCAGUUUCGGCAGUCUGGAGAACCUACCUGGCGUUUCGGGGUCCAGUUCCAUCAGGUUUCAAGUGAUUCUGUCGGAGAAACCUUCGCCGCCUGCCUUGGAAGGUGAACCAUCCGAGAAAAACGCGAACGAGAAGACGGAAGAUACGAUCAUGAAGGAAAUGGAAGACAAAAUCGAAAGUAUCCUGACGAAUCUUCUGAGCAAGAGUUCGGAACUCGAGAAAUCGUACUUGAACUCUAGCAAGCCGAUUCUUUCGCAGAUGACAACGCAGGAAGUAACCAUCGUCAGAUUGAUCGAACGAGGAUUACCAGAGGCAGAUCGACCGUCGUUUAUCGCGCAAAUGCUGGACUGUAUAACUAAUUUCAAUUUCAUAGCCUGCACGACCAACAUCGGCUGGCCCAUUCUCAAGAAGCAGAUUCCUCUUCUACCAGAUAUUUUCAGCCUGAGUAACAUGUUCGCUCAGCUGCCUGGAAUCGAUCCAGCACCGAUUCCUUCUAUUCCCGACAUUAAUCUUCCAGCCGUUCAGCUUCCCAGUAUUCCACAGGUCGUAGGUGUGAUUCCGCAAUUGCCUCCGCUGCCCUCGUUAUCUGCGAACGUUGGAGAUCGCGUAAGAGAUCCGAAAGGGAAUCUUACUCAGCCGACCGAAGACGAGAAGGAAAAAGAGACUCCAGCGAUUACGCCGUCAGUAGAUAACGAAGGAAUCGUCCCAGCUUACGCAGGCCAACCGCCAGGAAUCCUCUUAGGUGUCUCGAGUGAGAAGGUCCUCUUGCGCGGUAACGUUAACCGAGAAACAGAGACAAUAGACUCGACAAAAUCGUCAGAAACAAAGGCUAGAAAGCGUAGGAGCACUGUAGACAUCCCCAACUCUUAUUACGAUACCGAAGAAGCACCUGAAACCUUGUCAUCCUCACUUCUAACGCUUUCGAACGUCACGGAGUCUGAGUAUCUUCAAUUGCUGAUUAGAAUCAGGGAACAGGCGAGACUGUCGAGCCCUGGUGUUCCAAAAUCGAAGGAAUAUCUGGUCGAUGCGUUGAAUUCUACUAUGAGGAACUCUCUGACAGCCGAUCAGUACGAGAUCUUGAAAGUACUCGAGGAUUUGGACGAUCAGUCGACGAGCAAAGGAUUCGCCUCGCAAGUCGUGCAAUGUAUUCAAAGUCUGAGCUUCAUCCGAUGCCUGGGCAUCUUCGUUUGGCCUCUGAUUACCAAUAAUCUGCCUUCUCUGAUCGGUCUGCCGUCGUUUCCGAGCUUCGGUUUCCUAGGACGAUCGAUGAACACCGAGAGUCAGGUUCAGGUAUUCUUCGGAAUGUCCCCGAACGACUUGGAGAGAGAGCUGAUGGAACGAAAGGAAUCGAUAGAGACUUUUCUAUUAGACUGGUACAAGAAACUGUCCGAUGACAAGUUUCAGAUGAACGUGGGACCUUUGAGGAUCAAAAGCUACGGGAACAACGAACUGGGGAUCAGUUUCUCUGGAUUCAGGGAAGGCAGAGGGGCCAAGCUUAAGGAUAACAAAAAUCUUCCCAGCAUAUUGACGAUCAUAAGCGACAUCAUGGAGGAAGUUCUCGACCAACGUCCAGACGGCGAGAAGACGAAGAAGGAGAAGGAGAAGAAAGAGAGAAGCAUCGACGAGUCGAGAGAAACUGACAUCCAGUUCUUGAAGGACAGCGAGGAGUUCGUGGACAUAAAGAGAUCGAUGAACGACGACGAGAUUAUCACGAUGUUCCUCAACAAGAUCAGACCGAACGAUUCCGAGGUGGAUGACGAAAACGUGAAGUAUUACAGUUCGGAGGACGCGUACAACGCGUUCGGAGUUCUCUUUGGUACCAAGCUGCACGACAAGCUCUCCGGCAAAGUAGAAUCUCUGGAUCGGAUGAAAUCCUUCGAAGGAGGUGGUGUAACACCAGUCGAGCCUAGCAAAGACGUAGACAUCGUGCCUUUGGAGUCUCAGAAGGAUUCCGACGAUCUGAAAGUCCUGCCUUUGAACAGCCAGGUAGCCUACGUCUUCGAAAGAGAGCCCUCCAGGGAUCAAGAGGAGAGACAGAGGCAGAAACGAGCCAGAAACUUCUUCAAAUCUUUUUUAGAGAAGCACACCGGCAAAUACCUGAAGAUCUCCAACGCUGACAGCGUCGAGAACAUCGAAGAUAACAAGAUCGUCGAGGAUCAGCACGAGAAGGAAACGAGAUCAAGCCUGGUCGUCCAAUUGCCUCGACUGGAGGACGAAAUCAUCUCGAAGAAGAUGACUCAAAUGAUGCCAGGAUUCGGAUUGGUCACGUCUUUUCUCCUUCAAAUGGCUCUCGCUCAUGCUCGAGCAACAGCAUCGAUGGCAGGAAUGAUCAGCAACAUGGCACUUGGCUCGGCGAUGUUCGGUUUAAUAAGAGACACUCUCUUUGGAUCGAACACUCAUCCGAAAAUUAAGUACGUUUACGACAACGACAAGUCUGGACCAGGCAUCACUUGGCCGUCUCAAUACGAAUCUGGUUCUUAUUACUACGGACAACUGCCCAUGACCGGAAAGCGGGAUCACGUGGUCAUGAUACUUCUCCCGUUAUUAUGGAUCUUGAUCCUGCCAGCCAUGGGCGGUUACGUUCCACCCGGGCCACGGUUCAGGUGUCCAAGGGAGCCCAAGUACAUCUAUCCGUGCGUCUGCGUUCGUGGAAGCGACAGAGGACUGUACGUUCGCUGCGAGAACACCAAUCUGGCCAGCUUGAGCUUGGCCUUCUCCAAUCUCGGCAACGAGGGCAUGCCUAUCGAGGAGCUGGUUUUGUACAAAUGUAACAUAGGACGUUUCUACGGACCUGCUCUCUACCCUCUGGACGUUCGAGUGCUGAGGUUCGUCGAUACUCCACUGAGAUUGAUAGAGGAGCACAGUUUCCUUGGCGUGAACAGGACUCUGCAGGAGCUGUAUGUUAUAAACAGUACUCUGGAGAAGUUCCCUCGUCAAGCAUUGCAGAUUUUGGGGAAUCUGAGCAUACUGAGUAUAGCUGGGCACAGAAUUUCCACUUUGCCAGCAGACAGCUUCGCUGAGAGUGGAGCUGCUGGGAAAGUUGAGAAGCUGGAGAUUAGUAACGGCACUCUGACUUCUCUUCCCGUCGAAGCUCUGGCGCCUCUGAAGAAGCUCAAGAGAUUGGAUCUUCACGGCAACGAGAUUAAAGAGCUGAAGAGGAAUCAGUUCAAGGGUUUGAGGGAUACGGAGUACGUGGAUCUGUCUCACAACUUGAUCAGCAAGCUCGACGGAUCGCAUUUGGCGGAUUUGACGAAGAUGGGCUGGUGUAACCUAUCUCACAAUGCUAUCUCCGACUUGAAGAGAGGAACCUUCGCUAGAAAUUCUUUAUUGAAGGUGCUGAACCUGAGUCACAAUAAAAUCAGGAAACUAGACUCGAACACGUUCCGUGGUAUGCGUUUCUUGAUAAGACUGCACUUGAGCGACAAUCAGAUCAACGACGUUGGCAGAGGAACAUUUGGACCUGUCACCAGAAUAGGCAUUAUCGACUUGGCCAGGAAUUUCAUUAAAAAAAUCGACUUUCAGAUGUUCAAUCAACUACAAUUUGCGGAAGUUUUGGAUGUGUCUGAAAAUUUCGUAACAGUGGUGGAGAAGUUGUCGUUCAAAGAUCUGUACUUGACGAAGAUCAACUUGUCCCGCAACGAGAUCUCGAAGAUCGAGCCAGGCGCUUUCGAGAACUGCGUGAACAUGACAGUGCUGGAUAUCAGUUACAACAAACUGGAGAACAUUUCCAAGUACUCGUUCGACAGUUCCACGUACGCGACGGAGCUGCAGUUGAGCUACAAUCAAUUCACCGCCCUGAAUCAGGUGCCGUUGCACAACAUGACCGGGCUGAAAGUUCUGAACGUGUCCCACAAUUUGUUACACUCGGUGCCCCGUCAGACGUUCCCGAAGCUGUACGAACUGCACACGAUCGAUCUGUCCCAUAACAAUUUAUCCGAAAUCCACAACGCCGUCUUUCAAACUCUGUUCAGCCUUCGUUUCUUGAAUCUGUCGUACAAUUCUCUGGAGAAGAUCAAACCGUCCACGUUUGGACCACUGCCGACGCUGCUGGACUUGGACAUGAGUUACAAUCAGCUGAACGACGUCGCUCGUGGUAGUCUAACGAGAUUGCCGAGCUGCAGGACUCUGACAGUGAAGAACAAUCGACUGACGAAGAUCUUCCAGCUGCCGAUUUCGCUUGGUAGCUUGGAUAUCUCUGAAAAUUUGUUAGAGGAGAUACCCGUCGUGGAAGUCUGGCCUGCUAUGAACGCUCUCCUAUCUCUGGACCUUUCUGGGAAUCGGUUGGGUGAUAAUCUGAAGUAUGGUAGCUUCGAGAACCUGCUAACCCUGAGGGUUCUAGACUUGCAGUCGAACAACAUAACGAGGCCCCCUUGGGAAGCUCUCAGCACUCUAACUAGCUUGCAGUAUCUUUACAUGCAGAACAAUCAGUUGACCGAGCUAGGAAAAUCAGCGUUUGGACGUCUUCCUAUAGUGUUCGAGUUGAACGUAGCCAACAAUCAGAUAUGGAACGUGAGCACUCGAGCUUUUGAAGGCUUGCUGCAGCUGUUAACGCUGAAUCUGACGAGCAACAAGCUCGCACAGAUUCCAAACGGAGCGUUUCAGGGUCUGGUGUCGUUGAGAACGCUGGACCUCUCUCACAAUCAGCUGGAGAGGCUGGAUAACAGAACUCACGGGCUUCUGGACGAUUGCCUGUCACUGGAGAGGCUGAAUAUCAGUCGCAACAAGAUUUCUUUCAUCGCAAAGAAAACUUUCCCGAACGAUCCUUGGAUUCCUUACAGAUUGAGGGAGAUCGAUCUCUCUUACAACACUAUGCCUGUUUUAACUUCCGAACUCACCACAGGAACGAAGAAGAUUCAAUACUUGAACAUCAGUCACAACAACAUUAACGAUAUCAGAAGAUAUGUGAUUGGGAAUUUAACCGCGAUACAGACCUUGGAUCUCUCUUACAACGAGAUCAACGACCUCUCUGAACCGGAUGUCUUCGAUCCACCGACCAAUCUGACUAAUUUGUAUCUGAGUCAUAACCGGCUGAGUCAUAUACCAUUGAACAAGAUCCUGCCUUUACCAAAUUUGAAGAUUCUCGACGUGGAGUCGAAUAUGAUCGGAGUGUUCAGCGAUAAGUUCAUGAAGGUUAUAAAAAACGGCACCAAACUUCAAUACUCUGGUAAUCCAUUGCACUGUGAUUGCUACGUGAGGCCAUUGAAGAGAUGGCUGAGCACUCACACGGAGAUACCGAGGGAAUGGUCGAACGUGAGCUGCGACAGUCCGCAUUUCCUCACCAAUAAGCCUCUGAUAAAAGUGACCGAGGAUCUGAUGGGAUGUGGGGAGAGAGAAGUGAAAGAGUACCCCGAAUUCGAUAUCACACCUGACGUAAAGUAUCGAAAUAUCGAAUACAACGAGGAGGACAAAAGCUGGAAAGCGACUUGGUACGUGACAUCUCGCGAGGACAUUGGAGAUUUCUACGUGGUGGUGAGAGAAUCUGGCAGCAGCAAGUCCGCUAUCGAGAAGGAUCUCGUGUACAGCGAGAGGUCCUUUAAGAUUCAGGACUUGCAGGAUUCCGGCAACAAGUACGAGCUGUGCGUUCUCGCGAGGGACUCCGAGGGGAACGUGAAGAACUUUCGUAGCUCUCAGUGUCAGGUUUUGACGCAGAACGCGUUCGACUCGUCGGCGAGGUUCACGGUGAACGCGUUCCUGAUCUUAAUCGCUGUCUCCUUUGGCAUUCUAGCGUGA